AUUACAUCCUAUUUGGGAUUUUCACUGUUAAAAAUUGUUUCUGUUUUUACCUAUGUUGUGUGUUUGUUGUCAUCGGCUCUUUUUCCCUAACCAGUAGCGUGAUCGAUCGAGAGAGAGAUGGAGGUGCCAGGAUCGUCGAAGAAGAUGAUAGCUACUCAGGAAGAGAUGGUGGAGGCGAGGGUUCCUCUGGCAUAUCGGGACCAGUGCGCUCACCUGCUGAUUCCCCUCAACAAGUGCCGCCAGGCCGAGCUUUACUUGCCAUGGAAGUGCGAGAACGAGCGCCACUCCUACGAAAAGUGCGAAUACGAGCUCGUAAUGGAGCGGAUGCUUCAGAUGCAGAAGAUCCGCCAGCAGGAGGAGUCCUCCCGCCUCAAACAAGGUGUCAACCAUCAGCCCAUUCCCCUUGCCACCAGCACUGCCAAUGCCUCCUAGUCUCUGCUCUUUCCAUCUGUAGGGAGUGAGCUGAUACUGGUAAAGGUUGUGGUUGUUCCAGAGUGGAGGAUUUGUUCAUCUGCCAUAAGAAGAAAAAAGAAGGAACUAUUUGUGUGUUAACUGAGAACAUUAUGUAUUCUUGUUCAUGUUUGUUCCAAAUAAGCUUUCACCCUUGACAUGGAUUGUUAUUAAUUGUUGUCCUAAUGCUUUUUUUGGUAACUUCUGUUUCUUAAAAAAUCAAGUCAUUUUGUAACAUUGAUAGUAAUUACUAACCUCAUAUUAUUACAAACACAAUUGAGAAUAAUAUUGAAUCUCAUGUGGUUGUUUGGUAGACAUAAGU